AUGGCAUUGCCCCCUUUCAUGUCCCUGCCACAGGCCCAGAGAGUCCUGGGGGACCCCAAUAGCAACUCCCUGUUUGUGGUUAUCCGUGACAACCACCAUGUGCUGUGUCCCCCAUGCCAGUCCUCACAUCUCAGGUGGGCUCUCAUCACCAAAAAAGGCUACCAGGAACAAGACCUGGACCCCCAGAUUUCUGUCGUCACCAAACUCAAAGGAGUUUCUGUGACUCAGAUCAAGGAGCUUGGGAACCGGCUGUGGGAUGUGGCUGACUACGUGAAGCCACCACAGGCCCUGUGGAGACUUAAGGGCCUGGAGUUCAUCUUGUGUUUUCAAGGCAUAAAAACAGGCCGGUGUGUGGCGUUCAAUGGGACCCACAAGACCUGUGAGAUCCGGAGUUGGUGCCCGGUGGAGAGUGGCACAGUGCCCACGAAGCCCCUACUGAUGCAGGCCCAGAACUUCACUCUGUUCAUCAAAAACACUGUCACCUUCAGCAAGUUCAAUUUCUCCAGGUCCAAUGCCUUGGAGACCUGGGACCCCACCUACUUCAAGCACUGCCGCUAUGAUCCACGCUCCAGUCCCUACUGCCCCGUGUUCCGCAUUGGGGACCUUGUGGCCACAGCUGGAGGGACCUUUGAGGACCUGGCGUUGCUCUGGUGUACUGUGUGCAGGGCGGCUCUGUGGGCAUUAGUGUCUGCUGGGAUUGCGACCUGGACACUGGGGGCUCUGACUGCCAGCCCCACUACUCCUUCCAGCUGCAGCAGAGGAGCUACAACUUCAGGACGGAAGGGGGAGGCAUCUGUGGUGGACAGGGCGCAGCCACGGGAGACCAGUGGAGGGGUGCAGGAUUGGCCGGCAGCUGCCCUGCCCACCAUCCUUCAGGAUGGGGCCCUAGAGCCACCAGAGCCUUGA